UUUACAAUUAUUAUACAACUAAAUUGAUUCUCUGUCUUUUAAUGCCUGUACGAUUUUAUUUCCUGUACGCAUUACGAAAGCUAAGAUAUAAAAGAGUGGGGCUGUUUUAAAUUAUGCGAAAGCGCACAUGUGUCUUUACGCUCUGCUUUAUUACUAAAGGGACUUAAGGCAUUAUGAUAACGUCGUAAUGUACAUAGCCAGGUAUACGGAAAGUAACGCAGUCGACAUAGGUACUACUGCCUUUAUUCACAAAAAAGAUGAGGACACGUGUACCCCUUAAUUACGGACGUUAAGUAAUUCCCUGAAAGAAUGUUAGUUCUACAAAGACUGUUCCUAACCGUCUGUACAAUAAGGAUCGUACGCCGUUUAAUUGUGCUUUUAGUCUUUUGGAGGUUUAGAAUGAACUUAAUGAAUGUACAGUGAUUAAUGGAUUCUAACCACAUACAUAUAGGAAUAUUAGUUACUGAAAUAAAUUCACAGUAGGGUCUGUAAUCUUUAAAAAAGCUUAUGUGUAGUUCUUAGAUCACACUUUGCCACUUGAGCGUUCAUCGUAAACCUUUUACGCACGCUUCACCUACCAGGCGUCCGGUACAGAAGCAACGGCACCUUCAUUCAGUGUAUAUCGAUCUAAGAUAAGGCGCAAGACGCGAGAUGCGACGUAGACAAAAGAGCGAAAUUCAGUGUCGAGGGCUCGCGGACCCUUCAAGCUUACCUCGCGGAAAUACCGUGAAGCAACGUCUCCCCAACUUCGCGCCGUCUCGUCUCACUCGCGAUGCUCUUGAUGAAAAUAUUUCGCUCGAAAAGCCUUUCGAAACAUUUUCAAUUUACGUCACAAUUUACAGGCGACGCGACGUCUUUUACACGGAUGCGCGGUCGUAUUCCCAGAACGCGACACCUUCCCUACGCCACCCUUAGAUGUAUCUGAGCUCCAUCAUUCGGACAUACAGAAUCCUACGCGACACCCUGCCAAAUAGCCGUGAAAUUCCAUUUCCGACGACGCUACCACGUGCCUUCGGCUUAAUGCAGUCUCUUAUGUAGGUCCUACGUACAAUCAGCGAAUGUGGUUGGAAAGCCGAACCGAAUCGUAUAUCGAUGAUCGAUCGAUCGAUUGAGAUCAAAAGACCCUCUUUCAAGCGACGCACCAGACUUUAUGACGGUCAGUAUAAAAGACUGACCCGGCUCUUAAGGUCUUAGAUAUUUUAUUUUAAACACCCUGUGUAGAUACAUUUAUUGUGAACGUAGGAGAAGGGGGUAUGUCAAAAUGUCAAACGAUUAAGGCUGUCAGUUUUCUCCCGACUCGCCCCGUCCAAAUUCACGUGAUGUCCUUGAUAAACACUGCGAAUUACCGACCAUCCCAAAAGCCAACGUUAUGGAGAAUGCAAGAAUCCACAAAUAUUACAGGGGAUACAAUUCAGGCCCAGGGUGGCUGGUUUACCAAUUUCUAUUGACGGAUGCUAAACUAAGGCACGUAUUUAAUUUGGGUACGCAGUGCGGUGUCGUUACGUUCUUAACCUGGCUCAUGUUAUUAAUUGUCUUCACGUGCUCAUUUUUAAGUGCAAACGCUGUCGUUCGAUGUCUGAACGAUUUUCAGGAAUUACAGAAAGAGGCAGACAAGAAAAUUCCGCGGAAGAAAAGCGUGGCAGACAUCAGGCCGGUGUACAAUUGCAUUCAUAAGCACCUGCGGCAGACCGACGUGUUCCAGAAAAAGACGAUGAAAAUGCUCUGCAAGGAACGUCUGGAGUUGGAGAUCCUUGCCAGCAGAAUCAACUGUAUCAACAAACUGUUGAAGCCCGAGACGCAGACCGAAUGGCGACGGAGCAGAUUGCGGAAAGUGUAUUAUCGUCCAAUUAACUCGAGCGCGUCGAAGUAACGCCGCGGCGCCAUGCCACGUAGCCGUUAACAGCGUAAUUAACCAACCGUACAAACGCGUCCGAUAAAAAAGGUACAAAUCGCCGCGACUUAUUACGGGUAGUAGACUAGACCGUGGGCGAAGUAAAAAUAAGUAAGUAGCGCCGUGGCAAUCGUAAUCAAAUGUUCCCUUCCUACCUGUUACGAACGGAGUUUCAAAUCUUUUUGUGCUCGUUUACCGAACCAUAUGCUUGCAUUUAAUAUACAUUCAUCACGAAUUCUGGGGUAAUUGUUACAACCCUUAUUAUGGCAAGUAUUGUUAUGAAUUCUGUUUAACAGAGCUCUAGCUCUUUAAUGUGAAUUCACUCGCUGUUACUUGUGAUUGUACAUAAUAAAAUAAUUGAUGAUUUAAGACUGAAUUCAUGUUGAACUGUAACAUUGCUUAAAGGUGGCUUAAUUUGGAUCUAAAUUUAACCCGGGAUCGAUAACACGUGUAUCCGCGUCCACACCAAUCAUUCUCACCCCCAUCCCCCGCUCAUUCCCUCGACGAAAACGGAUAGCAAUUUCUACAAUUAUUGUUUCAAUCCUGAACAACUUCUUCUCGUCUCCAGGAUCAUUAAUAGAAUCGAUAUCUGAUCAUUCGUACAGAACGAAUAGCUUGCCUCCAAUCCACACGUUAAGAAACUAUCAAGUAAUUCCACUGCCAUUAUUUUUACUCUUGAACCUAACUUAACCAUCUUUUUAAAAAUCAUCUUGGUUUGUUAAGCUCGCCCUGGUUAUUCACUAUCGGCGAGCCUGGUAUUCGCUAUCGCCUUCCACCCUCGGAACUCCAUAUUUUAAAUUACAAUAUUCCCGUCUCUGCAAACCUAGCCUAACCUACCCUAACUUAAUCUAACCUCGUCUCUCUACAUCCCUACGAUUCCCUUGAAUAAUUCCAUUAUCCAGAUACAGUCGACGGGACUUUUUUGCGGGUUGGAAGUUGAAUCCCCGGUAUCUUUGAUCGAUAAUAACGCAGAGGGAGGAUCGUUAGCCAGCGGCGCGCGGAAUCAACUUGUACAUUUACCACCGCGCAUAAUUCAUUCGCGCGUUUGACGUAUGUAAUAAUAGAAACAAUGGGGCAACAAGCCGCGGUAACGCGACAGCAAUAACUCAUCGCUAUCCCAGCGCCACAUAACUUCUACGCCACGGCACAGUAGCGGUACCGGGGCUAUCUUUUGAGACACACCGUCGCGCCCCGUCGUUUAUGUGUCUCGCGUUCUGUUGUAUUUGUUGAUUAAUCAAACCGAAUAAUCUGGUCGAACUGAAUUCAAAUAAUACCUAUCCACCCUCUCGCUCUUUGCGCUGCCGGCCUCCUCGAAACGACAAUUUCGGCCGUCCUGUGGCGUGGACAUUAAUAACUAAGCAAUGUAUAGAACAAUGGGUCAUGGGGAUCGAUAAGAAAAAUUGUUUGAGCAAGUACACACCGAUUAUCUCGUUGUUUCCAUUUUAAUGUUCGUUCCACUUUUUAUACUGGAGAGCUUUUCUUAUUAAUGAGCACAGCAUAUGAAAUAAGUUUACGACUGUGGUUUACAGUUUUAUCGGAGUUCGAACAGCAGUGGAACAUUUUGUUAUUUGUUGCUGUAACAUAAUUGAUUUAUGUAACUGCUAAAUAAAUAGAUAACUGAGAUACAUGUGUUUUCCUCGAUGACAGCUGUCUUUCAAGAAGUUUCCUAGUAUAGAAUUUAAUAUCCUCAGUUUAUCCCGUCGAUAUAUCAGCCACGGUUUCCGCACAUUGUGGAGGAUGCCCCUCUCUACGGUUAGGUACUUGUACGGUACAAUUUGCGGUCGUUGAAUGGCUUCUCUUUGCGAAGCGGUAUCACCGUGCCCUUUGACUUUUCCGAAGUUGCCUCGCCGCGCAAAGGCGUGCCUGUGCCCGAUCAAAGCGACCAAUUCGAUUUACCCUCUUCCAAUACGAUUAUCAGCGGCGACUGCAUAUAAAGGUGCAAUAGAAACAAUCCGAUUGUUUUUAUCUUAUGACUGUUUCAAAUCAUAGGUACAAAACGAAUCAGAACGGGAUUCAGCGUCUGGGACUGUUGAACAAUUAAUUAAUUGGUGAAAGGAUUAAAAAUGAAUUAUUUUGUUAGAAUCAAUGAAGUCGUUCGCAAGGGUGCUAAACAAAGUAUUUAACGACGAUGUUAGAAAUCGACGAUGUUCUAAUAAAAGGUUUGGUACAAGUGAAUUUUCUUAGAGUGGCUCGUGGUUUAUAUUUUAAUAAUUGAUAUUCUAAUAAUUAUUAUUGUUUUUCUUUAAAUUAUAUGUACCCUGGAGUGCCUCAAGGUCACUUCAAGGACGUCGGUUUAUUCUACGUGUAUACGUUGAUUGCUGCUUAUCUCUGUAUUAGCGAGGUAUACGAGGUAACCGCAGUUGCCAAUCACAGGCGUUGAUAUAUCGCAUUAUUGAAUACCCCGGUAACGCUUUCAGUUAAUUACAUUGCGUUAUCGGUGGCCUCUCGAAAAUUUUCAAUAGCUUCUGCAACUUGCUUAUAAAGAAAUUAUAGUGGUCAUGCAGAUUGAACAAUGUAAUAAUGUAACAAUGUAAUAAUGUAAUAAUGUAACAAUGUAACAAUGUAACAGUGUGAAAAUGUAACAUUUGAAGUUAGAAAAUUCGAGUGACUACCCUAGCCCCUUAACAUUAAAUACACACAACUGGAGUACCUGUAGACUUCAUAAAAAUUGUAUCAGUGUAAAAUCGAGUUGAACUGGUUAGGAAGCCUCUGAAGAAGAAUGCCUGACAAAACAAAGGGCAGUGAUAAAUUUUAUUUGAAGAUGCGAUACAGACAUCUGAACCUUGUUUAAAGAGCUUCUUUCGCCUACAUCUUUUCCUCCCCCUUGCAGUUUGUCACCGGCGUAAACCUCUUCUUCUUUUAUCAUCGAGUGUGUUUGCCGUCAUCGAGGAGCGGCUUUUUGAAAUGGAUCACUGGCUCCGCGUUAUCUACUUACUUACAUAGACGUAGGUAAAGACUCCGCGCCGGGUAAAAUGUUUCUCUUGGUAUGGAAUCGAUACCGCGGUAUAAUCCUGAAACGCUUGUCAAGAAACUGACGAGUUCAUCGAGUGGACGUGCAUACAAUGAGGUACCUAAGUAGAUUUGUUUGAUCACACGAUAGGAUUACUUACCUACGGGUCGUCGAUCCGCGUUAAUAAUUAAGUUUAUUUCCUAUGCGAAAGGUGCUUACAAUUUAAAAUCGCUCGAUUCUUUUAAAUAAUACGUUUUACAUCCUGGUACUGUAAUAUGCAAAAUCUAUUUUUAAGGGAUUCUAUUUGCUGCGCGAAAGGUUCUCAUGGUUUCAUAAGUAAUGUUUCGAGCAAAGUAAAUUUUUUAAGUGAUAUAUUUUGCACUUUUCAAUGCAUCUUGAAUUGUAUUUUAUAUGCAUAUUUACGCAAACCCAGUUUCUAAAACGGUUUCCAUCAUUAAGGAACUUUUAUUGUAUUUUAAUUUUUAAUACAAUUCCUCUAGUUUUCUUCUUAAUAUUAUUUAUGAAAUUCGUCCAUGUAAUGUGACUCGUAGAUGAUCAAACGUCUUAUUGGUUUCAUAGACCGAUAAGACUGGCAUUGAAUCAAUCAUAUUCUCAUAAAUCAGCCACAGUAAUAAUGUGCCAGCCGUUUCCAUGAAUGACAGGUCAAACUUACUACAUGUAUAAACAUCUGCACACAUACCAUUCGGAUGCCUUUAGUAUAUUUAAUCCUCAUGAAAAUUUCAAUACUCCUAUCGAUUCUCCAAUAUUAUUCACCUAUAAUAUAGUAUAAGACUAUUUAAUUUCCUCUAUGAUUUCUUCCUUCGAUGAAUUGAUUCUUUAAUUAAAAUACCGUACGUCUCGUUAUAACGACAGGUUGUGAUGCAAGGUGACUAUUAAAUUUAUAAAUCUGUGGCUUAAUUAAUACUUAAUUGCCAAUCCUACCAAUCGGUUCGUUAAUUUAUUUAAUUUAUGUAGCCACAUGCAUUUCAUACCAGUUCGUUUUCCGGGAAACAAAACGACUCUAUCCACGGGAAUUAACAACCGGAGUUACGAGGCUUGUUUUUCCUGCGCUCCAUCGUGGCUUCCCUUUUGCCACCCACACCCUCCCCGUCCGCCAGGAAACACGCGUAAAUACGCGAAUUCGAAGAACGGUAAUUCGGAAUGAAACACGAUCCGUGAUCGAUCGAACUUCAAACUCGUUUUUCUACGGAAACAAAGGUCCGCGAAAAUAUAGUCCACUCGUGUCCAUCCAUUUUUCUUCUGUCCCUGCCUUCUUGUUCAGUCCACGAUUCCCUGUCCCGACUGUCUACCUCGAUAAAUCUCACUGGCGAUGCAAUUUCUUUGACGAUUCAUUAUUAUAUUCCUUAAUAGUUCAAUUUAAAAUCGUCAAAUUAAAUAAAUAUGUUGGUACGUAUAGAAGUAUCGUAAAACUAACUUUUUGUAUUGUUAACCCGAUAUCAAAAGCACUGGACAAUUACAAUUAAAAGAAAUGGAAGUGGAAAUGCAUAAACAAAUUCAUUGUUUUACAUAAAUCUCGAUUACAGAUUUGUUUGCUUUUAACUAUUCUUAAUUCCGGUAGCAUAACUUUAAUAUUCAACGAAAAAGCUCUCUCUUUCUCCCCCUCCAAAAAAAAAAAAAACGAAAUUAUCAAGAGAAUUUCUGUGCGCUUUGAAGUAGACGGCAUGGAAUGAAAAGUGAGAGAGGUAGACAAUAAAGGAAAAUGGGUGGCUGGGGUUGAAAUCGUCAUGUGAAGCACUUCGCACUGCUGAUACAAAUGAGAGAAAUAUUUCACUGGGUAGCGAAGUUUCCUUCGUUCGAAAAUUUCUGAAGUGUUGCUUAGUCGAUGGCUCGCCGCGGAAUUAUGUUAUUCCCCGUGUAACGCACCGGUACAGUCAAAACACUUCACGAUUCGUUGGUAUCGAUAAUAUCGAUAAAACUGAGAAGAAAUGACACAAGAAGAUGAAAUCUUCCAAUUGUAUAAAUUGUUGGAUGACUAAUCUGGAUAAAUGAAAUAAUUACAAUAUUGGCUGUCUUUAGUUAUAUCCAGUUUUAAGAAAUCAUUUUUAAGUUCGAAAACAAGUCACUAAGAUAGCUAUAAGGUUCAAAUUCAGCCCCGAGUCACAAAGCUCGGAGUCACAUUCUCCCCCAAUCAUGAAGACACAUACCCACGAUUCGCCAAAUGAAGCAGAUUUUGACUGCGAGACAACCACUGUUGGCUUGAAUUCCUCGCAAUUGUACAGUCCGCACUUGGAAAUAUAAAGUUACAUCGUGAUUACGGUAGCUCAUUUCCACACGGAUCCUGAAUACAACAUAAAAUUAUGUUAUUUAAACCAGUUUCCAAGUGUUCCCCUAUUAAGAAUAAACUUCGCCGAGCAGAAUUCGUAAGUUCGAUCAUGCCAUUGACCUGAAACCACGUGAAAGCUUCGAAUUGAGCGGAUUCAGUUGUUCGCGGUUCUCCAUCUAAAUGGCGAAGACAUUAGGAAGAAUGAAAGCGCGUUUCUCGGUUCUCAACCGAUAUCUCUCGAAGCCAGAAGCUCGAUCCGAUACAAUGUACUGGGUAAAUAUGGAAAAGGAGAUACCGUGAUCUACCCCGUGUCACUUUCGAUAUUAAGCGUCGAUACCAGGAAGAGGGGUUGAAACUGUUCAUUCGUAAAAAUCGUCUUCCGAUGACUAAGUAGAUUACCAUCGCAGCGAGUUUGGUAGUCAGCCUUUGACGUAAGCAAGUCGGCGAGGUCGAGGACGAUAGUCGAAGGCGAGGCGCGCAUGUCGAUGCUCAAGGCAGCCAAUGGACUGGUUGAAAUAUUAAACGGGAGCAAAGACCCUGUUCUCGUGCACCACGUAGCCCGUGGUUCAAUUUCUGCGCCAGAGGCGGUCGAACCGGGGGUGAAGGGGCUGAAUGAAAAUAGACGACGACAGUGGGUGGCCGGGUGGUGGUAGUAAGGGUGGCCGGGGGUGUUGAGCACGCGCCCGGCGAGCGGCGGUGCAGGGGGUGACGCGGGUCG